AUGGGAAAUACUUUGAUUGAUAAUAGAGGAAGACUUGAUUUAAUGAAAUCUUUUGAGACUCACAACACUGAAUAGGACAUUGGAGUUAGAUAAAGAAGAUUAUCCGACAAUAAACUUUUUAAGUCCAUACAUUACAAAAUGCAUCAUCAGAAUUUAGUUGUUAAAGUAUACUUAAUUUUAAAACAAUUAACAAAUAAUGAACUUUAUAUCCAUUUCUAAAACUUUCAAUAUUUAAUGGAAUAAUUUGAUCCAUUUCCAAAUCUAAUGGCAUUUCGUGGAUUAAUAAAUUUUGGUAAAAUAGAGAAGCCAUCUCCAUAAGAAAUGUAGAAUGAAUGUAAUAAAGAUUAUUUAGCUGUUUCACGUUAAAUGUUAUAUAUGACACUUGAAGAAAGACUUUAGUCCAAUUAUAAACUUCCAAAAUGCUUUCUGAAUUUUUACACUUUAUAAUUAUUAAGUGCUGUAAAAACAUUACAUAAUCUAAAUUGUUAUCAUGGUCAUAUACGUUCAUCAAAUAUUCUACUUACUAGUUUAGAUUAUUUAGUUUUGACUGACUUUGCAUCAUAUAAACCAUACUAUACUAAUGAAUUUGAAGUCAUAAGAAAUGUUUAUGAAUCAUCUAUUCAAAAAUGUACAUUAGCUCCUGAGAAAUAUGCUGAUAAUCAAGAAAUACAAUCUAUUGUCAAUCUUACUAAAGAAUCAAUCUAAAAUUUAUAAAAAAUGGACAUGUUUUCAAUAGGAUGUGUCAUUUAUGAAAUUUAUACAGGUGAAUGUUUAUUUACAUUUUAAUAACUAUUAUAAUAUCGUAAAAGAGAAUUUGAUCCACUUAUCAAAGUUGAAGGGAUCAUAAGAAAUUUAAUAUCUAAUCUAAUUGAUUUAAAUGCAAAUAAACGUUAUACUGCAUAAGAAGCAUUUAAUAUAUUUUAUAAUUCAAUUCGUGAAGAUGAUACUUAUGAANAAUUAAUAAAGAAAGAUCCUCAUUCUAUUAAGAAUUAUAAAUUAUUUUGUAUUUAUUAAAAUAAAUAUAUAGAUAAAAUGACUUUAGAUGAACAUACUUUAUAUGAUGAAGCAAGAGAUUGGAUUGAUUUUUAUAUCGAGACUCAUCCAGAUAAGAAGGAGAAUCAUAGAAUUCUUUUGAAUAUGAUAACAAAAUGA